AUGGCUACGCAGGCCCAGAUCCAAACCGCAACCUUGUUACAAGAGACCGAGACGAGACCGGCACGCAUCCACAUCCUCGGCGCCUCCGGCAGCGGCGUCAGCACUCUCGGCACCAACCUCUCGUCCGCGCUCUCGGUCCCGGUGUUCGACGUCGACGACUACUACUGGAUGCCCACCGACCCGCCCUUCACCACCAAGCGAGCCAUCCCCGACCGCAUCGCUCUCAUCAAGCCGCUGCUCUCGCGCGCGCAAGCAGAGCGCGGGGGAUGGGUGCUUGCGGGCUCGAUCGGCACCUGGGGCGCGGAGCUGAUGGCCGAUGUCGAGCAUGUGGUUUUCGUUGACGCGCCGACGGUAAGUCAAUCCGUUUUCCUGGUCGGUUGGGGUCUCGCGAGUUCGUGA